AUGAAUGAAGUGCCUACAAGGGUUCCACCAGAUAGCCCUUUGGCACCUCAAUGGUAUAGACUAGAGCAUCGGAAAGGUGAGACCAAGGUGAAAGGAGAGGAGAUUCCUUGGCUUGUUCUCUGCCGCUUGUUUGAUCUAACCAUGUCUACUAAUGAACAAGAAACCAAUUUCCUAGUCAAUCUUGUCCUCAAAUUCUUUGAAACCAUGAUGCUGGUGACCGUACCAUCUGACAACGAAUCAAUAUGUCGUGAAAAUUUCAAGCACAUUCUGGACUUAAUCCACCGAACUUUGCUGUCCUUAUCAUCCGAAAAUACCAAACCAACAAACACAAACUGGGAACUUUUUCCCUCAGUGACGGAUCUCUUACGGGCCGGUGUCAGGUUCGAGAAGGGUCCUCCUGACGACAUCACGAACAUCAAGUUUCGCAAUGGCGUGUUCGAAAUCCCACCAAUAAAGAUCCGAGGAAACUCAGAAUCGUUGUUUCGCAAUCUCAUAGCGUAUGAGCAAUGCGAUUGCCAGUGCACCGACAAGUUCACAUCCUAUGCCGUGUUCUUGGACUGCCUCAUCAACACAAGCGCGGAUGCAGAUUUCCUCCGUGAUAGGAGAAUUGUUAUGCCUGCUUUGAGCACUGAAGAUGUGUCCAUUCUUUUCAAUGGCCUUUACAAUAACACUCUUGUUUAUGAUUUUUACUAUGGUGAUGUGUCUAUGGAGGUGAAUCAAUAUUACAGGUCUCAGUGGCCUAGGUGGAGAGCAAUUCUCAAACGUGAUUACUUUAACAAUCCAUGGUCUAUUGCUUCCUUUAUUGCUGCUAUUGUAAUACUAGUUCUUACCUUUUUACAGACCUUGUUUACCAUCCUCUCUUACUAA